UAUUAUUUCUGUGUUUUCCAUUAAUCUAGAUGAUUUUGUGGCCAUCUUGCAGGCUCCAGGUAAGAAUCUGGUCAGUGCCACGGCAGAGCCAAAGUAGCAGUGUGACAUAAGGGAGAGCACGGUGCUUUGCCUCAGAGCCAACCCCCAUCUUUUCUUUUGAGUAAGUUCUGCUUGCUCAGCCAUCACUCACCCAGUGCAGUGCUGCUUCUUCCAGCCCCAGCCCAGCAGCUCUGUGAGGGUUCGUUGUCAUGGGACAAAACACAAACUGAGCACUGGGAAUGCUGAUGCCAUACUGUAAGUUCACGAAACGGUCUGGAUAAUGAUACUAUGAAUAUAACGAGAAUUACUGAUAAUUGCUCUCUAGGCUUCUGUUUUAAACUGGCACUGUGGUAAGGUUCAUCUGUUUGGGAAAGUACUGCUUAGAUGAGAACAAUUCUUGUGGAAUACACACGGCGUGAGGCAGCUGCCAGCGCUGCACCUUACUUGAGGAGGUGGAAGAAUGCCUGGAUAUCCUCUGCUGCUUUGCUUUCACUUCCUCCUUCGCUCCAGGUUCAGACAGACCCUUUGUGUCCUGAGAGCUGCUGUGAGCCUACGGGCUGAUCGGCUGCUGACACAAAAACAGAGCUCAGUGGAGAGCUCAGCUUCUACCAAAACAUGGGUGUGCCCUGUAUUUUUGUACUAACAUUCCAAAUAAGCUCACCCACCUAUCUUUGCUCACUGAAAACAAAUCUCUGAGGGCAGAUUUUCCUAUCUUUAUAUCACAGGAACUGAGUUUACAUCUGUGGUUCAGCAGCUAUGUAAUAUUACUUAUCCCUUCCAUGAGCAGGCACCACAACUAAGUAGCAGCAAAUGGGUUUGUAUGUUUGCUUUUAUGUUUUUGCUCCACUGCCGUAUCAGCAUUCAUUGAACCAAACACAGAGGCCUCAUCCAAGGUUUUCAGGCUUUCACACAGGUUUCCCUCCUGGCCACGUGAGUUCCACUGUCAACAAAGGCAGCAGGAAUGUACUGCUAUUAGUUCUGAAACAGAAGCUUGCUACCUUGAGUCCAGCAUGUUCAGAGUUUUCCCAGCGGUCCUGUGAAGAAUGUUUGAGAAAUGUUUCGUGCCUUUGGUGCUUCACCAACAACACUUGCAUUGAUUAUCCUGUAAGAAGCAUUCUUCCACCAUCUUCGUUAUGUUCACUCUCAAACGCUCGAUGGGGAGUUUGCUGGAUAAACUUUGAGGCUUUAAUUAUUGCCAUAGCUGUAGUAGCCGGAAUCAUUCUGGUGUCCAUAGCAGUCUGUUGCUGUUACUGCUGUUACUGCAGGAAACGUUUCAAGAGGAAACAUGAAAGAAAACAGAAGCAUGACGAAAUACGUAAGAAGUAUGGUCUGCUCCAGGAAUCUGAUAAUCCAUACAGCAGAUUUGAGAAUGAGUGAAGCUGUGCACCUUCCUUUGGAGACGCAGCUCCAUGAUACAGAAAGAUUGUGGGAUUAUGGUGGUUUCCUUUGUUGCUUAUUUUCAUUUGCUCUUUGAGUUUGUCUUUUGUUUCCAAAGAUGGUUCCCUACCUCCUCCCGCUGGUUAUAAAACUUUGGUGUGGGUGAAGAUUUCAUGCAGUACGCAUCUCUAUCUUUUAUCUAUAUGGAACUGUUUUUCUUAUAAAUAGUUUUUGUUUGUAGAAAUGAUUUCUGAUCAUAUUGACGUCUGUGAAAUGUUACCUUUCUUCCUCUUAAAAUUGUCUUCUGUUACCUGAUUUCGAUGGUUAACAGUCACAGACACGUACUUAAAUUCACCAUCAACUGCCACCUAAACCGUUGUUCUUGUGUUCCUAAAUAAAGAUUUUUUGUUAUUGUAUCUGCUUUAUAAAAAUAGAAGGCAACAAUGGAGCAUAGCUUCACACAGCAAAAAUAGCUGAUGUUGCUACUGAGGGUAGGUGAAACUACAGCAGGCACAUUCUUGUGUACCACCAUAACAUGAAAGCGGUUUUCUUUCUUUUCCCUUUGGAAAAUGGUUUUCAAAACUGCUGUCUAAGGGCUUAAUGAGGGGAGAUUAUUUGUUUUUGAGUAAUUAAGUGCAGUUGUAGAAAUUACUGAUUUUGAAAAAGAAAUUUGGUUAGUGAAAUUGGCAGAAGGUAAUUUUUGAAAUGAAUGUGGAACAUGGCUAGGUGUGUUUGUGCCUACGUUUAAGGAGGAACAUCAGCCUCUGUGAACACUUCUUUUGUAUGCUUUUUUGUAUGUCACCGGUGUUCUAUAGUUGUAAUGGAGUGAGCUUGGUGAUUUGAGCCUGCUCAUGUGCUUGCUUACCUUCCUGCAGUGCAUGAGGGAGAAAAUGGGAACAGCUCAAGUGAGAAAACCUGUGGGUCAAGAUUAUGACAGUUUAGUAAGUGAAGGAAGCAGAAGGAGGUGGGGGGGGGGGAAAAAAGGAUAAAGGUGAUGCAGUCUGUUUAGCAGCUGACUCCCACCAAAACACAUUCCCCUCAGGUUUUAUUGCUGAGCAUGAUGUCACAUGGCAUGGACUGUCCCUUUGGUCAGCUUGCGUCUGCUGUCCCAACACUUCUCUUUUUCCACCUUCUUGCACAGUCUCAGCCUGUUUGCUGGUGGGGGGAGGAAAAAAAAAGAAACUCUGAUGCUUUGGAAAGGCCAAAGCAUUGGUGUGUUAUCAGCUCUGCUUUAGCCACAGACACAAAACACUGCGCUGUGCAGACUGUACUGUGGAGAAUGUUAAAUCCAUUCCAGCUGGGCGCUGUGUACUAAGCAUUUUGUUAACCUUUUAUUCUUCUCCAUAAUGUGAUUUACUUCCUCCUUUCCUAGAGGUAUUUCAUUGGGCAUUUUUAGUUGCUUACCAGUAUAAUGAAGCAAGCAAGGAGCUUGUUAACCAGCCAUUUAGCUAACAUCCUAUCUGUGUAUUACCAAAAAAUGUACAGUAUUGAAGAUAUGUUAUUUUUUAUCAAUGUUCUUAAAAUAAAUACUUUAAUAUCCUUA